CCCUCAGUCAGGAGCUCAUACUACAGACGUAUAGUAGACCAAAGAACACAUCAGAAACAUGGGUGCCUCCGAACAGCAGGAUGAGCGCAGCAUAGUCUGGUUGGACAUAGAUAACACCCUAUACUCUGCUAGUGCGGGGAUCUCACAUGCAAUGGGAGAGCGCAUACAUGCGUACUUCGUCGGGCUGGGCCUCCCCGACGACGAAGCGUCAAAGCUUCACCAUCGAUAUUACUCUCAGUACGGGCUGGCAAUCCGAGGCCUGGUAAGACAUCACCAGAUUGAUCCUCUCGAUUUUGAUCGCAAGUGCGACGGAUCUCUUCCUUUGGAAGAGCUACUCAAACCGGAUCCUGUGCUUCGCAAACUGCUGGAAGACAUAGAUCGCACAAAGGUUCGAGUGUGGGGACUGACGAACGCCUACUAUACCCAUGCCAAUCGCGUUCUUCGCAUACUCGGAGUGGAUGAUCUCGUCGAGAACGUUGUCUUCUGCGACUACUCAAAUCCCGAUUUCAACUGUAAACCGGAACCCGAGUUCUUUCAGAAUGCAAUGAAGAUCGCGGGGGUGACCGAUCCAUCUCAAUGUUAUUUCAUCGACGACAGCCUCAAUAAUGUCAAAGCGGCGCGCGCGCUCGGCUGGGAUCAUUGCGUCCACUUCUGCGAGCGCGGGCUGUUGCACGUAGAAGGCGGGAAGCCGAAGUACAUCGGGAGCGACAGCCAAGACAGCGUAGCCGAUGACGGCAUCGCGGUGAUCACUAAGCUCGACGAGCUGCGAACAGUCUGGCCGGAGAUAUUCAAGCAAUGAACGGAAUGCGCUUGCCCUGAUAUAAGGGGUAUACAUGGCAUAUGUAAGGAUGGUGAUCCGUAGUGGGCGGAUAGUGUCCCAUGGAUAUGUUGUACAACAAUGGUCCUUUCUGUUGCAAAUCUGUAUACUAGAACAACAUGAC